CCCAAACAAGGCAAGACGAUCGUGCGGCUCAAAAACCGGCCGUAAGCACUAGCCCCAACGCGUGCCGUUCCUUGCGGAAGGCGACGGUCCGACAGGCUGCAGCGCUCGUAUCUGCGGGCCCCACAAGGAUGCGAUGCUGGCGUCGAUCCUAGGCAGCUGCUCCAUGGGGAGUCUGGACCUGCGUCGCGCGGUGUAUGCACUUCGACGCGGUCGCGUGGUAAAGACUGAGAGGAACUGGGUAUAUAUAAAGCGGGGGUUUGCUGCGUGUCUCGACACCGGACCUGCACCGCACACACACACACACAUACACCUCCGCAUCCACCGCACCAACAGUCAACACUCGACGCAAAAGCGCUUUCACCCAGCAACAAGCCCCACCAUGCACGCCUUCGCCACGCUAAGCGCCCUCGCGCUCACCCUCCUCGCAUCCCCAACCUCAGCGCAAGCGGGCCCCGAAUCCCUCGAGCUCACAGGCAUGCGCCUCCGCGUCCCGAGCACGCGGUCCUACCCCUGGCAGACCGUGGCCAUCGGCGUGCAGGACAACGCGCAAGCGAACGGCGCGCCCAGCGUGGGCACGACGUGUGUGGCCACCUGGGACGUGGGGGGAGAGGGCUGGCCGCAUGGCUAUGUACGUGCUUAAACACCAUCUUUUUAUCUUCCUGUUCGUGCAUGUUAGUAUCUAACGUGCUGUAGGUGCCCUGCGGAAAUACUACUGUCGGCUUCGCUAUCCCCCGCUAUAACAAUCCUAAUGAUUUCGAUAUCGCGAUCACGCAUCGCUGGGACGUUACCGCGUAUGCUUGCCCUCAUUCUCCCCUUCCCCCACCUCCCCCCUUCUGCCACUAUCUGUUCUUUCCCCGCACCGUAAAGAAACUAUUUACUGAUAGUAGCAGGAAUGGAAAUACGGCGUACUGGGAGCGCACGGCCACGCACACGGUUA